CGGCGGCUCGGCAGUUUGGCGAUCUAAAAGAAAAGUUGAAAAAUUUGAGAAAACCGCAUUGGCGAAAGUAAAAUGGAAGUGGAUGAAUUAUUAUCCCUUGACAAUGAUGUCUUCGCAUGUUUUGCCUUCUGGAUGGCAAUGCUGGUCUUAAAAAUGAUAGUAGUCGCAUUGCUGACAGCUAUCAAACGCCUUGCGACUAAGACCUUCGUCAAUCCCGAGGAUUUCGUGGACAAACGCAUUAAAUUGAAGUUCGAUCAUCCCGAAGUUGAACGCUUGCGCAGAGUUCAUCGCAAUGAUCUAGAGAACAUUUUGCCUUUCUUCGUUGUUGGCAUUUUAUACGUGCUGUCCGAUCCAUCACCUGUUGUGGCCAUCAACAUGUUCCGCGCUGUGGCUAUUUCACGUUUAGCCCAUACCUACAUUUAUAUUUAUGCGAAGCCACAACCUGCUCGUUUUAUUGCAUACCUGGGUGCUGUGGUUCCAAUGAUAUACAUAAGUUUAAUGGUGAUAUAUUCUUCGUUCUAACAGAUUAUUCGAGCCGAGUGAAAAAUUGUUUCAAUUCAUUUUAUAACUAUUUAAUUCAUUCGAUAGCGUUUCUGUAUGGGAAAAGUGGCGAAUUAUUGUUUUCCUUAGAGACAAGAAAGAAAAAAACAGAAUCCUUUUUUCAUGAAGUAUAAAAGUACAAACAUUUGUUCAAAUAUAGUAUCUAUAAGUAUAUGUGCAACUAUAGUAGUAGUGAUAG